GUGAGGAAUGUGUCACGUAAGUUUUGCAGCUGCAGGGAUGUUUGUUAACUUUCUGUUUCUGUAUUCCCUUUCAGCCGCGUUAUCCUGCCUGUGUCUGUGGAGGAGUAUCAAGUGGGACAGCUGUAUUCUGUGGCAGAAGCCAGUAAAAAUGAAACUGGUGGAGGUGAAGGAGUGGAGGUCCUGGUGAACGAACCCUACGAGAGAGAUGGAGAGCGUGGGCAGUACACACACAAGAUCUACCAUUUACAGAGCAAAGUGCCAACAUUUGUGAGAAUGCUGGCCCCUGAAGGAGCUCUCAAUAUACAUGAAAAAGCCUGGAAUGCCUAUCCCUACUGCAGAACUGUUAUUACAAAUGAGUAUAUGAAGGAUGACUUCCUGAUCAAAAUUGAAACCUGGCAUAAAUCAGAUCUUGGAACACAAGAGAAUGUUCAUAAACUGGAGCCAGAUGUAUGGAAGAAUGUAGAAGCUAUUUAUAUAGACAUUGCUGAUCGGAGUCAAGUACUUCCCAAGGAUUACAAGGCAGAAGAAGAUCCAGCAAAAUUUAAAUCUGUCAAGACUGGACGUGGACCUCUGGGUCCCAACUGGAAGAAGGAGCUGGGGAAGCAGACAGAUUGUCCAUACAUGUGUGCUUACAAACUGGUAACAGUCAAGUUCAAGUGGUGGGGUCUGCAAAAUAAAGUUGAGAACUUUAUACAGAAGCAAGAAAAGCGUCUCUUCACAAACUUCCAUCGGCAGCUCUUUUGCUGGCUUGAUAAGUGGGUUGAUCUGACUAUGGAGGACAUUCGUAGGAUGGAGGAGGAGACCAAGAGACAGCUGGAUGAGAUGAGAGAAAAAGAUCCAGUGAAAGGAAUGACGGCUGCAGAUGACUAACAUGACUUCUUCCUUGUGCACUUUUGCAAGACAGUCGUCAGGAAGGCCCGGGGAAUCCACACUCUUGACUGACGGACCAUCUCUGGAUCAAGCCUUUCUAUAUCCAAUCGGCAGGCGAUUUUAAAUCUCCCAUAGCUAAUUCUAGAUGCCCUUUAAUAUUGUGAGCAAAUAGACCGUCUGGUACUAAGCACUCCAAUGUUAGCACGUAUACGAAGGAGAUAGCUCCUUGGAGACGUGUGACUUAGAGACCGCUGUAUUUACGACUCCUCCCUCCUUUUUUUUUUUUUUUUUCAUUGUGUUCAGACCAAUUUCCAUGUGGCCCUGUUUGAUUUCCAAGUGACAUUUUUAGCUAAAAUAGUCUUGUGAUGUGGUGACUUAGGUUUGGGGGUUUUUUCUUGUUUUGUUUUUUUUUUCCAAGUGGGAUAAACUGCCACCUUUGUUCCUGCCCAGCCCUUCACCAUUCUUUGAAAUGAAAUGGAGAGGGAAACUGUCAGUAUUUUAGAGUGCAAAACUAUUCCACAAAAUGCUAUGCUCUGACCUUUGCUCCCAGGGUAAGAAAUUUAAUGGCACGUAAUCUGAAUAUGUAAACUGGAGUAGCCAGAUACAGUUCUUGGUCUGUGAUGAAUCAUAUACGUGGCUUCUGCACGGCAUUACUCUGUUCUGUCUCAGCACACAUCAGUUAAAGACUGCACAGAAGCUGCAUUCAGCAUCCCCAUGCUAGGGCCUUCAGCACAUAACUGUUGAGUUUCAAUUUAGUCAUACGUGGUCCCUUUGGCCCAUGUAGCUAUAUUGUCCUUCAGCUGUGUGUGUCAGCCUUACAAAAUCAUUAUGAAAAGUUGCUUGACAUAUGUCAUAACUUCCUGGUUCUUUAUUUACUAAGACUUCCCAUAACUUACAAAGCUAAAAUUAUUUCGACUAUUAAUAAUGUGAUUCUCCCUGGACAAAUUGGGAUGUAGCAAAAGCUGGUGUACAAGUAAAGUCUUGGUAUCUGGUUUCAUCCAGGUGCCUGGGUCGGUGGUUCUGCUCAGCAAUAAUAUUCUUCCCAUUGCAAGACUGACUAAAAUAUCUCCUUUCAAGCUAUAAGAAAGCAACUUACAAAGACCUGCAGGGUUUUUUUUAGGAUAUCUGUCAGUUAUUAUAAAUCACAAAGGAUACUGUUAAACAAUGUAAAAAAACUCUGGUUAUUUUAUGAAUUCAAAUACUUAUGUUGAUAUCAGCUUUAGACAAUCAAAUAAGCAGAACAGUAUCAAAGAAAUGCUGCUUUAUUAAAUACAUAUGA